GUCAAGGAUAGCGGGCUAGAAUGGGACCGACAGUUUUGUUUCGCGGAAUAUACCGCUGCCGAGGGCGAGAAAGAAGCAAGAUGGGACGCAAAGACGUUACGGGACGGGAAGUAUUCUCGCAUGGCGCUGAUUCGGCCUGAGAUAUGGGUUCCUGACCGGAACAGUCCGGACUGGCAUGCAGACCUCCGAGGGGUGAGGUACGGAGGGUUGCUUCUUAUAUUUUUCCCACGGGAUACGGCUCGUCUACCGCUCUGGACACGACUAGGUAUCUACUUGGACCUAAUUGAUAGCGAGGACUACUUCAGUGUUCCGCUGAAUCCGCCCGCAGAAACACAAUCAAGCGUGUACCAGCUUGAACCACUGCGUCUGUUCAGCGUACCUACCAAAGCAACGAGGUAUACCACGCACGUCCCCGCGGCACUAUCUGCGUUCCUAGAGUGCAAAAAGCCACUAAGUCUGUUCCGGGUCCAUUCCGCACACCCUCGAGUAGCUGUGGGAAACGCGCCGAGUGCAUCUGAGCUGGGCUUCGUGCCUGACAUGGCGUUUAGCGACCAGUACCCUCUCCAGGUGCAGAGUAUGGGUAGUCUGCGAGACAUGCAUGAGCGGACAAAGUAUGCUAUUCCUGAGCUGAGUGUGAGACGGUUCAGGCCGAAUGUGGUUGUGGAUGGUGUGGGGGCGUAUGAGGAGGAUGCGUGGAAGAUGAUACGGUUGAUACCUGGUAAGCAGAAUCAGAUGGUGGGUGAGAAGGAGAAGGAGAAAGAGAGGGAGGAUGAGGAUGAGGAGGAUGGGGUGGAUGUGCAUGUGUGUUGUCGGACGGUGAGGUGUAAGCUCCCCAACGUCGACCCUGACACGGGCAUCAGACACGGCGUUGAGCCUGACAAGACGCUGCGGGGGACGAGGGUGAUUGACGCGGGAGCAAAGGGAGGCUGUUUGGGCAUGAUGCUUGUUCCGACCCAGUCGUGUAAGUCUUUACUACUUCUACUUCUUUCUACUAUGGCGUAUACUGACGGUUAAGCAGUUUUCCGGAUAAGCGUGGGAGACGAGGUGAGGGUGGUGUCUACGGGCGAGCACUUCUUC